AUGGAAGAUCGAAAACGGGCUCUUGUGAGCAGAUUGUUGCAGUAUGCACUGAUACAUCAAGUCUUGGGGAUCCCAUAUAACAAAAUUGUCAUCAGGCGCACUGCUGAGGGGAAACCAUACCUGUUAUAUUUAGAACGUAGUCAGGAAUAUGACAAACUGAAGUUGGAGUUGCCAAAUUUUAACUUCAAUGCAUCACAUCAUGUGAGUUUUAUAGAUGAUAAAGGAAAAUUUGACAAGUUGAUUGAGGACCAGGGAGUGAAGAUGCUGAUUGAUCCAAAGGCACUAAUGCAUGUCAUAGGUACCGAGAUGGAUUUUGUUGAUGAUAAACUCAGAUCUGAGUUCAUAUUUGUCAAUCCAAAUGCAACUGGACAAUGUAGUUGUGGAGAAUCUUUCAUGACAACAACUAGCUCAGAAGCUGCUAAGCUGCGUGGCAAAUCUAGCUGAUAGCUUAUUAUAUACUCGUAUUAUGUACGCUAGUCGUUAUAUAUACACUUAGAAGUGUGAGUAUAUACUAUAUAAUCGAUCUGCAGUAACAAAUCAACGAUGUUAACGGUCAGAAACAGAAGGUUUUGUUACUUUUUCUCCUUUUUGCCCAAAUCCUAUGUACAUUAGUUGUUGUAACGAAUAAGAUUUUCUUUGCCAUGGAAAGGUGAAAAUAGAACAAUGAAAA